AUGGUGAAAGAAAUCGUGGUUGAUUUUAUCAUUGUUGGUGGAGGUGCAGCUGGAUGCGUCUUAGCUACUCGAUUAGCUGAACAUGGUUUUGAAACUCUUCUAAUAUCCAGUGGCUCAAAUGACACAUCAAACUCCUUGAUGAAUCAAGAAGUCGAGUUCGAUCGCUUACAACGUACUUUGCUUUUUAAACAUUAUCUACCUUCGAAAUCGUCACCAAAUCUCAAUAAUCGAACUGUGGGUCUCACAGUAUGGAACACGCUUGGAGGAGGUGGUCUUAACAGUGGUGGAAUGGUGCGGAUGACGGCAAACGAUUGGAAUACAUUUGUCAAUGUAACAGGUGAUUCAAGCUUUCACUAUGACAAUAUGUCUAGAUAUUACAAAAUGGUUGAAAAUUUUACGCCAACCAGAUUAUCACGAACUACAAAUAUUCAUGGUAACAAUGGUUCAAUAAAAAUAACUCAAGGUUAUGAUGCUAUAUUCAAUAAUGUAUGGAAAAAUGUGGCUGAUGAACUCAAUGAAGUAUUUAGUGAUGAUUUUGCAGACAUACUGGAUUAUGGCUUGUCAUUUGAAGCUUCUUCAUUCACCAAUGGAUUGAGAAGUUGGAGCGGUAAGGACUAUUUGAUACCUGCCAUGAUUAAAUAUCCAAAUCUAAAAGUUAUGAUAAACACUGUUGUAACUAAGUUCAAUGUGAAUGAAAUAACAAAGCGAAUAGAAAAUGUUUUAUUUGUAUCAUCAGAUGGAUUCUUUUGUGGUAUUGCUAGAAAAGAGUAUAUUUUGUCUGCUGGUACAUUUUUCAGUCCUCAUCUUCUCAUGUUAUCGGGUAUUGGUGAUCCUAAUAUUCUUCGACAGCAUCAACUACCAGUAAAACAUGAAUUAAAGCAAGUAGGCAAGAAUUUGAUGGACAAUGGUCUAAUAUUUGUUCACUAUAAUGCAGAAAAUCUUCCUAUCUAUAAAUCAAAACCUGUUGGUUUAGUUAAUCUUCAAUUGCGCACAACAAAUACUAAUGCAAACAUGUUUUUUAUCUUAAAAAUGAAUGAAAAAACAAAACGUCUCACUGUUUUAAUACUUAAUGCUUUGCCAAAAUCGACAACAGGCUCGAUUUCAUUGCACAAUACUAGUCCACUAGCACCACCAGAAAUAACGUUGAACUAUUUAGAACAUAAAGAAGAUCUGCAAACAUUUAUCGAUAGUAUUCACUAUGUGAGAAAAAUCAUAGCUACCGAUGCAUUGAAAAAAUUUGGUCCUAUCGUCGAGAUCUCACCAGGAAUUGAAAACAUGAACUUGGCAAAGUAUAUUAAGGACACAUUAGUUCCGGCUCCCCAUUUCGUUGGUACAUGUAGCAUGGGACAAAAUGCUCAAGAUUCUGUGGUUAAUAAUCAAUUUAAAGUUCAUGGAAUAAACAAUCUUAGAAUUGUGGAUGCAUCCGUUUUUCCUGCUGGUCUUGCAUCAAAAAUGGGACCUUGCUUGACCGUAUACGCUUUAGCAGAGAAGGCAGCAGAUCUAUUGUACAACGAAUAUUCAUAA